UAUUCACUUUGUUCUGGGAUUCUGUCUUGACUUAAGAAGAUAGUAAGGGCAAAGUCUGUUAUGUAUACCAGAUCAGAGCUCUGGCAUUUCUGUCUUGAAUGGCAUGAGAGCUGUUCUAUCAAGUGACAUACACCUGUCUAUGCAGAGCUGCUAACAAGUUAUAUGAGAAACUUUGCAAGCAGUAUAUGAACAUUUUUGUUUGGCUGGAGGCUAUAAGAAUUACUUUCCUGUCAUCCUAGAUCAUACUAUUUUUGUGUCAAUUUACAGUAUCUGGUUUUAUGACAAGAACGACUGUCAUCGAAUAGCAAAACUCAUGGCGAAAGUGGUAGAACAAGAAGCUCAGAGAUCACAACAAGUUUCCCAGGACAGAAAAAGUCCCAACAGAACCAAUGGCUGUAAUGAAAACAGGCCCAUUGACAUCCUGGAAAUGCUUAGUAAAGCCAAGGAUGAAUAUGAACGAAAUCAGAUCAGUGACUUAAGUAUUAUAUCAAGUUCUGGAAUGCAACAAAAUGCAAAUCCUCCAAAGCCAGAAAGCACAGAGCCUUCAGAACAAAAAAUUUCAUUACAAGUGCAAGAGCAGCCAUUUCAGUCAAGGCAGAAGCAUCUGACAUUGGAGGAACUGUUUGGAACCUCUGUACCAAAGGAACAGCCUGCAGCUCCGUAUCCCAAUUCAGAGAGAAUGGAGAAGUUGCAGACUGACACCUCUGCCAGAGAGCAGCACGGUUUGCUCUUGCCUUUUUCCUUUGACCAAUCAACAGUAAUACAACAAUCACCAGGGAAAUCUGAAAGUCCAAGUGUUAAAACCAGUGCCAAUGCUUUGAAUCAACAGGAAUGUUUAACACCUAUGCUAAUACCUCCAGCAUCAGUUUCCCAGCCUGAUAUAAAAAAUGUUUCAAGCUAUUCAGUUCGUUUAAGCCCUAUUCUUAAUUCAGCCUCAACAAUGGAAGCUGCCCCUGCUCAGAAGCUUCCUGGCCUAAAACAAAACAACAGUAUAAUGCAAGUUAUGCAGCAAGCUGCCAAGCAGAUGUCCCCACUAGUGAAUCAGCCGCCAUCUGAAGUGAACCACGCUCCACAAAACCUAAUAGCUGGCCAAAGCCAGCUUAUAGCACCCUUGACAUCAACAAACACAGGAACUGUCUCAAAUACAUCCCAUACAAGUGUUGAUCUUCUCCAGAAACUCAGGUUGACCCCACAGCAUGACCAAAUGCAACAGCAGUCUCUCACUAAGACUUCCUUAACACCAAACAUCUCUGCCUCGGUUGGCCAACUUGCAACACCAGAAAGCUUCAAAGAAUCUCACAGUAAACCAUCAACUUUGAACAGCAAGAUAAUCUCUCCACUUCAGACUGUACAACAAAACAAGGAAUCAGAAGUAUUUCCACAGCCGAAGACUUUGUCUAUAACAAGUCAAGUUGGUCCUCCGCAGUUUGUUACAGCCACAACUACAGUAACACCUUCAAUCCUCUUGUCUCCUAGUGUUUUUCAGCAAUCAGCUACAAAAGCUACUGAAGUGGAGAAUAAAGCAAAUUCUUCUUCACCUUUAACACUUGGAACAACUGAAAUUCAGACUAUACCUCCUACUGUUCUCAGUAGGUCUCAGCUUCAAGAAGCACUGAUACAUCUAAUAAAGAACGAUUCACGUUUUCUCAGCACUAUUCAUGAAGUCUACUUGCAAGUCCUAACCAAGAAUACAGACAACAUUAAGCUAUAAUUGAAGCUAAAUCUACUUAAAAUAUAUCAGUUUUAAAAACAAUUAUGCCUCAUCUAUAAAACUAAUAUUUUUGUAAAAGAAUAUUUAGUUUUCAAUGUCUUGAAUAUGAACCUGUGAGGAAAGACUAUUCCUUAAAUACUUAUGAAAGUAAUGUUCUCAGAAGUGAUCUAGGUUUUCACUGUGAUCAUCACCAGCAAACCUUUGAUUUUAUUGGGGAGGGGACUUAAGUUGCAUUUGAGCUCUCAUUAGCAUUAAGUGAAUGUGCAAAUGUUUGCUCUGGCUGUCAUUCCUAGCUGUAUUCACUGUUCAAGGGUUACAGACUCAAUACUAUUUAAACCAGCAAUUACAUAGUACAGUACACUACACCACAACAGAACAAAAUUCAGUUGUGGGAACCUAAUUCCAGUUUGAAGGACUGAUGAAAAAGAGAGCAAAAUGCCUUGUGAUUAAAUCGGUGGGUGUGGGCAAAGAAUGAAUCUGGACGUCAGGCAGGCCUUUGGAGCUGAAUCUUUAACAAAGGGUUUAAAAAUGUGAUUUACUCAAUACAUUGACAGCAUCUAGCUAAUGCACACAAAUUUAUCUCUUAAAUAUUCCAUUAAUCUUACUUGCUUCUACAUCACUGACAUUAAACAGGUAUCCAAGUGAGUAAGGCCAUUUUCUCUAGAAUGGCAAGAUUUGAAAUAUGCAAAAUCCUCAGUGAUUGUAAUGGGCUUUUUAAGCAACAGAGUAGUUCUGUUGCAUGUUGAAUUUUUCUUGUUUUAAAUUUAUAGUUAGAAGACCACCACUGGAAGGCACUCUUCCUGUCCAGCAGUGUUAAAUAUAAUUUAAAUACUUUGUUUCCCUUUUAGCUUAAGGAUGGACCAUGUCAUUCCUCAGCUGUGUUGGAACUGCAGUGUUGAAAACUAUGCAGAUGGGCCACAAAUGCAUGCUUUUCUUCUGUUGGCCUCUCCCCAUGUUGGUAGUGCACACUUCAUAGUCUGAAGUUUAUCUAAUCAAAAUGCUAUCACUUCUUAUAUGUGAUUUAGUAAUUCACUAAUGUAAGAAUUUAACUGGAUACUUUUCCAUUUGAAAUCAGAAAAUUUCUAAUUCUAGUUUCUUAUGCUGCUGUGUUGGUUUACCCAUGGCUUGUAUUUAUUUCUUAAAGGCAUGCAAAGGUAAUUAAUAAGACUUCAGGUCCCAACUUUCUUCAGCAAUAGUAGUUUUAAAGGAUGCUUUUCCAGUAGAAAAGUUUUGGUUUAUUGAGUAAAAAGAUAAUCUGUAGUGAGCUAUGAUGCACUGCUUCUUUCUUUUCCCUCAAGCACUAUUGAAAUAUGAAGAAAAAAAUUGACUCCGUACAACAUAUAUGUAUGUGUAUAUAUCCUAAGGAUUAGUUAAUGUUGCAGUCAAGGUGCAUGGUCAUUUCAUUGGAAACUCGUAAUUGAGCUUUAAUUGUGACUUGUUCACAGAUUGGUAUGUUUUAGAUACAACAGAUAUUUACAUUUUUACGUAUUUUAGUUUUUUCAUAGCUUUUUAGUGGAAAAUAUAUUUUGUUUAGCACUACCUGCCUUCUGAAAAGCUCUUCUCAGUCUUUGAGUUCAGUGUUUCCAGUUAAAAUAUAUAGUGUUUUGUUAGAAAAAUGUGCAAGAUUCAGGGAAGGAUGCUAGUGUCAUGCACAUUCAUCAAGAAAUAUAUUGGCUUUAAUGGUAGCAUUUGAAUUCAGCAAUAUAAACUCAGCGUUGUUAAGGAAGAUAGGAGCUUCCUACAUAAAUUCUGGAGUUAUAAUACUGUGUAUGUGCAUAAACAAUGAGACUCAAAUUAGAUCUAAGAUCUUAACUAAUAUGUUUUGUUGGCUUUUUUAGAAAAAAGUUUCACUAAAAGGGACAAACCAAUGAGCAGUUAUUCUGAAUAAAAAUGGGUAAUCUAAACCAAACAGAGUUGCUUUUCAUCUGGAUUUAGCAAAGAUGAAGUCUGUAACUUCUCACUUCUUAUGAACAGCUUCUGUUUUCUUCAAAGAAAAAUUUGAUAGAAGUUUCUAAGAUAAAAAUACUGGAAGCUGUUACUGCAUAUUUGUACUGUUUGCUAAAUACAGUCAUAUCCAAAGAUCUAUAGAAAUGCUAGGAAGGAGUUGUAUUCUGAGUUUUUUCAGUCAUAUAUAGUUGACAAAAGUAAUACUGUUCGGAGUAGCAGUGCUGUUAUGAGCAUUUAACUCUACUCUGUAUAUCCUUAACUUUGUUUCCAGCUGUCCAGGAACCCCCACAAGUAGUUGGCAGAUCCUUACUUUACUCUGGCUUUGUAGUAUGUUAGUAACAAUACAUUAUUGGUUUACUUCGGUCCCCCACCUUUCAAAACGAAUUGGAAGAGAAACAGUUGAAAUCGUAGUUACUAGGCAGGCAUUUUUACAACAAGUAAACCUGUUCAUCUUUGAACACCUGCUCAUGUUUGUUCUGACCUCUCUGUGUAGCAAACAGACCCUGUAACCAACCUAGGUGUCAUCCAGUACACCACAGAGAUUUAUGACAAGUGCCGGAGUAGUGGGUUUAACAGAUAAAACUCUAAUGAAGGAUUGUAUUGUAAAACAGCAGCUCAACUACAGUGUAAAAUUUGAACUUUUUUUAAAAUGCGGACUGUUAUUUAACAACUUCUGUUUCCCUGAUUAUUUUAGCUUUUUGUAUAAAUCUAAAAUUACCAGUUUAUCAAAGUGCUUGAUUCGUGUUAUCCACAUGUAAGGAUAACUAGUGUGUAGCAAGUUACCAUGGGUCAUCACGGGAAAUUAUUGUGACCAUUUUCAAGUGAUUUUUUUUUUUUUUUUUUUUUAAACUACUGGGAUUUUACCUAUUCCUAUUAGUUCUGAGAAUUAAAAGAUUAUUAGUUUAGACUAUACUCUCCAAAUUAAUUGUAUUAUCUAAGUGUGUGUUUUGUGGCUAGCCUUAAGUCACUUUAAAAAAGAAAAAACAACAACAACAAAACAACCAAACAAACAAAACCCCAAACUCAAACCUAAUCCAGACAGUUUUAAAACCUACAGCUGCUGAAUUGUUCAGGAAAAUUAAAAUUUUUCAGUUCUGUAGUUAGACUUCAUCUACUGUCAUUUAAUAAUGCAAAGUUUAUAUGAAAGGUGCCUAACAGCUAUUAACUUAGAAGCAGUAUAUCUUUCCAAAUUAAACAAGAUUUACAGAAUGACUGAAUAAAUUUUAAA